AUCAUGGUCUGCAAGAAGUGUGAAAAGAAACUAUCAACUGUCGCAGCCCCUGAUCCUUUUACCGCUAGCUCCAGCAGCAUCAAGGAUGGUUCCAGGAAAGUCGGCGAGAACAAACUCCUCAGCCGCCCUGGUAGUUCAAAAAAUCGUUUCCAGCCAUAUCAGGCGAAAUGCAAAGAUUGCAAGCAACCUACCACGCAGAAUAAGGCUAAAUACUGCCAUGGUUGUGCUUACAAGAAAGGUCUUUGCUCAAUAUGCGGCAAGCAGAUAUUGGACACCACUGGCUACGUAAUGUCGAGUAAAUGACAACGGACUUGUACUGACCCUUGGACUUGUAUUGAUAAAAUGUAUGUGCUCAUUGAUCCCUCCCCUGCCUAAUCUACGAUAAAUUGUGUUCCUAUGUAUAUUUGACGAGAUUAUAGAUGAUCACAGCUUCAUAAUAGAUAGAUUUGAAUGCUGGCUUGGAAGAAUAUGCAAGGUUCGAGAUAUAGAUUC